AUGAGGGGUACUGGUUGUCUACCACCGUCCGUAAUGAUUUGCAGUGUUGCAUACCAGCGAAUAGACGAGCUCGGCAACGGCAACACAAAGACUAAACGUCAGCGCAUUGCGUGCCGUUGGGGCAUCCAGCGGUUCUUAGAAGCCAUAUCGCAGUAUGGGAAGCCACUAGUGGUCCACAACGGUUUGCUGGAUCUUUUCCAUUUAUACGACAAGUUGAUCGGACCGUUGCCGGAAACAGCCAGCGAAAUUGUCAGCUCGUUUGGCAAGCGGUUCGCACCCGCAGUUUACGACACCAAGGCGACAGCGCUUUACCUGGAUAGUAACGGAAUAUACUGCUUCAAUGGGUAUGCGUUCACAUUGUCUAAUUCAUCGCGCAGUAGGAUGUUCAAUCUGGAGCAUUUGUAUCAUGAGCUGGACAAAAAUGCCAAAUUCUCAGAAACUAUACGCAUUGGCGAUACGGCAAGCGCGUUGGAUUACGGCUCGCUGAUCACCAAUCCGCCUAUGCAGAAAGGCUCCGAUCGUAGCAGCUUGGAUCUUUUACACGAGGCUGGGUUUGACGCUACUGUCACCGCUAUGGUUUUCACGGCAGAAAUUAGGCUCAUGCAGGAUCUGGAUGGGCUCCCCAGGUACUGCGUUCCAUCGUAUUUCAACGAAACCAUUCCUGCUACUUGCGCCAAUUUCCGCGCCGUGAUAAACCGCGUGAAUAUACACGACGAGAUAGAGGAAGGCUUCGUACAACUGCCGAAGGACCAAUAG